AUGUCCUCGAUUGGUCGUCGCGCCGCCUUGUUGCGACUGGAUAACCCUGGUCGGAGCUUGACCGUGGCCUUUGCCCUCUGGAAAGCUCUCUUGUUCCUCGCCGUCGUUGCUUGUCCAGGUCCCGGAUACGAUACCUCCACCACCCUCCUCACCAACGAGCAUGCCGGCCAGGCCCCUGACAGCCCGGCCGCCGCGCUCCCUCUGUCUUUAAAAUUUGCCCGAUGGGAUGCAAUUUAUUUUGUGCAUACCGCCGAACAUGGCUAUGUGUUUGAGCAGGAGUGGGCUUUCAGUUACCCUCGAGUCCUCGGUUUCUUUCUCUCCGGAAUCCGCCAGUCUGGCGGUCUGAGUGGACCGGUCACGGCGGCUUUAAUCGGCGUGGCCUUGUCUCACGUUGCUCAUUACCUCUCCGUGUUGGCCUUGUAUGGUCUUUCGGCCAAUGUUUUCGGCCAUGAAACUCCCACCCAGCGGCUCGUUUGCCUCUUGUCGGCUGCCCUGCACAUCAUCAGCCCGGCGGGUGCCUUUCUUUCGGCCCCGUAUGGAGAAUCAAUAUUCUCAUUCCUGAAUAUCUCGGGCUUCUAUCUCUAUACAUCCUCGCUCAUUGCUGAUCACAAGGGCGCGGUCCGUUUCCGAGAUAUUCUCGUCAUCACAGCUGCCGUGCUUUUCGCUCUGGCGACACUCGUCCGCAGCAAUGGUGUCUUGAGUGGAUUCUUAUUCGCCUACGAUGCUGCCAUUUUAGCCUGGUCGAUUGUGACCCAGGGACCUUCUCGCCGUACCAUUCGUCGCUUGGCCGUGGUCAUUUUUGGGGGGUCAAUUGUGGCAUUGGGAAUGACCGUGCCACAGAUCCUGGCCUACCGCGAGUACUGCUUACUGGGGGUCAAUGCUCGGCCGUGGUGUAGCUGGACUGUGCCUAGCAUCUAUACUUGGGUGCAAGGUCAGUAUUGGAAUGUUGGGUUUCUUCGGUACUGGACGGUUUCCAAUAUUCCUCUAUUUUUACUGGCAACCCCAAUGUUGGUCAUUCUUUGCAUAUCGUCCUGGUGGGCGCUUCAAGCUCCAUCAACCUUGGCGUCUGGAUCUGGUGGCCACUCCGCCUCGACUGUCAGUCCGGGGUCGAUGCUCUUCCGUCUUGCGGUACCCCAGGGUCUGCUGGCGAUCAUGGCAUUGACUAGUUAUCAUGUGCAGAUCAUCAACCGGAUCUCAUCUGGAUACCCUCUAUGGUAUUGGUGGUUGGUGUCGAAAGCUAUGGAUGGCUUGCAGGGGCCCCGCAAGAGCCAGAGCUGCAGCCUUCUCUCGGUCGCAACCCAAGCCAUGGUGGGCUAUGCGUUGAUCCAAGGGGUUCUCUUCGGUUCCUUUUUACCGCCGGCAUAA